GGUUUAAUUACCUACAUACAUACUAGCAUGGAAUAUACUCAUGUUAUUCGGUGUAUAGCCUUUGUUCUUCGAUUUCUAAAUAACACCGGCAGUUCGCGCUCACCACUUGCUCCGCACGAAAGCAAUUAUCGGGUCGCGGUUUCGUUGUUUCGUUCAAAAUUUCGUUUAACUUCGAGUAAAAUAUAUAAAAAUUGAUUGAACAUUUGAAUUAGGUUAACAAAACAUUUCAUUCAUCCAGAAUUAGCUGAUUCCCAAAAAAAAAAAAUAUGUUUGGCCAAAUAUCUUUACUACUCGCUGGAGUAUGUUUACUAUUUAGCAAUGUCAACGCGUUGUCAGAGAUACCCAAUUGCGUGUUUGAAGAUACUGUAAACCUGACCGCCAGCACCAAAUUCACCAAUGGCUCAUACCUCUAUGAGGGGCUAUUGGUGCCACCACAUUUAACGGGCCAAUAUGACUAUGUCGAGUUGUACGAUGGUGAACGUAAGCAAGUGAAGCCACACGUACGUGGUUGUGUGUGUCAACUGAAGAAGUGUGUAAAGUUCUGUUGUCAUCCGAGAGCGGAUAUGUACCGGUUAAGUGAAAACUCACCGUCGCUCUGUGCGGAACAGCUGAAUGAAGAGCUGAAAUAUUCACCGUACGUAAACGUUACGCUGCAUAACAGUAGUCGCGUGUUGAUGCAUGUACUGGAUGAGUUUGUCGUGCAACAGGGAAUACCAUGCGAAGGUGGCUAUAUGCUAAUGCCACACCUUUACGAAGAUGAUCAGUGGGAGUUGCGAGAGGAUGGUACUUUAUUUCGUCUAGCUGAUGCGAUGCUUUUAUCUAGACGAGAUUAUUGCCUGCAAUCGUAUGCAGUCGGAGACACGCAUGUGCUAAAUCCAAUGAACUGUCCUAUAUAUUACGUGGAACCACCAUCAAUCGUGCUGAACACGAUUAUUAUGCUGAUUUCUGCGCCAUUUCUCUAUGCAACUAUCCUAGUUUAUUGGCUCAUUCCGGAAUUGUGGAACUUGCAUACCAAGUGCCUAAUUUGUCAUCUAAUUUCAUUAGCUAUUGGCUGGACGUUGAUUGUAAUGAUCAAUUUACGACGUGCUGACUAUGAAAGUACUGUUUGCACUAUUAUUGGUUUCGUCUCCUACUAUUUUCUCACAGCCGUAUUUUUCUGGCUCAAUGUGAUAUGUUACGAUGUUUGGCAAAAUUUCUGCCGUUCCAAAGGCAAUGUACAACAUUUGACUCAACGGAAACAAUUUAUGUACUAUUCUCUCUAUGGUUGGGGACUACCAGCGCUAAUGACCAUUCUGACUAUCGGUUUGCAGUAUGCAAAUCUACCAAUGUACCUAAAGUCGGGUAUAGGAUAUUCACAUUGCUGGUUAAAGACUGACGACUGGUCCGCUAUGAUCUAUUUCCAUGGACCAUGCCUGCUGCUUAUUAUUUUCAACAUUGCCAUAUUCGUUUUGACCAUAAAAAAGGUAUAUCAAAUUAGAAAUGAAAUGAAGACAUCGGCUGAGGGUAAAGAGAGCAGACGAAAAUUGCGAUCGCAUAAGAAUAAUGUUUGGCUCUUCUUUCGCCUCUUCACUGUCAUGGGUAUCGGCUGGCUAUUGGAGAUACUCGGCUAUAUGGUGGGCAAUAGCAGUGAUUAUGCGAUUCUUUUUCAAAUUGCCGAUGUGUACAAUGCUGCACAGGGCUUGAUCAUUUUUGCCAUCCUGGUGUUAAAGAAGAAAGUGCUGUUGCUUAUAAAGAAAAGAAUUCUGUGCAUCAAGAGUUCGGAUACCACAGACUCCGCCGAAUCGCAGUGCUCUGAAGAAGAGAUAGCCUUGCAAAGUAUGACAAGCGGAGUUCCACAGAUUUUUAAAUAAGUGAAUAUAGAUCAUAUGAAACCAAUAGUAUCAUUAAAGUGGAUUCCUCAAAUCGAAUAUAGUUCAGCAGCGUUUUAAUUGUGUAAGUAUACUUUAUUAUAUUUAUUGUUCUCGGUAUUAUCAGUUGGGAAAAUUGUUGUGUACGCAACCUCUCCAAGGGAUUUUUAAACUUUUUUUUUGACUCGGCUCCCAAAAUUUCUGAUAAUAAUAUCGAUUUUUAGUGCCACUGUUUUGCUCAAAAUCAAAAUUUCGACUAUUCCUCCGAUCAUUACUUGUAUUCAUUUAUUGUAUAUAACAAUAAUUUUGUUUAAGCUAUUGCAUAGCUUCUAACGUGGGCUUUGAGCGCGGCGACUGAAUUAAGAAAUUCCGUAACGGAAAUCAAUGAAUUUGAAAAUGAAUAAUGAUCCACAAGAAUCCACAACAAUAUAUGGGACCACCAUUGACGCGUUACCAUAAACCUAUAGUUUCGAUCAGAGAUAAAGAGAUGCCGAACUCAUAUCUCUCUGGAAAUGUGAAGCGCAAUUGCUAAACGUCAAAACCUCCACAACUCAGGCAACUGUCAAAGUUCAGGAAGUCUGAUGUUAAGCAUUUGGAAAAGGAGGGACGGCCAGAUUGAAAUCCUACAAAAAAUAUGUGAACAGAGAGAUUUGUUGCUGCUGUUAAAGAUCACUAACAAAAAUUGGAAAGCAAGGAAAAUGAAAGAAUACGCGAAAUUGAAAUGUAUCUGAUGAAAUCUUUUGUGAUGCCGUGCUUAGAAAUGUUAAUUUUCAAUUGAAAAUUAUACAAAAAAAUUUAUUAAUUCACAGCUAAUACAUUUAUUCUUUUGAUUAAGUACUGAAUGUUCAAAAAUCAAUUGUUUUAAUAUAUUACAAAAUCACAAAAAAAGGUUUAAAUAGUUUCUGCAUAUGUUUAACAGAUACAUGUAUAAUAAUAUUUAAUCUUAAUAAAUGUUGGG